AUGUCCGAGCAGGAUGAUCUCGUUGCCUCCAAGACCGAGGGUUUCAAGGUCGGAGAGAAGAAGUCAAUCAAUGAGUACACUGAGCUUGAUAAGAAUGACGAAUCCCUAAACCGCUGGAAGGCCUCCCUAGGUCUUGCAACCGGUGCACCAAUUGGAGACCCCAACGAUCCCCGAAAGUGCAUUAUCAAGUCUCUCGCCCUGGAGGUUGAGGGACGGUCCGAUGUGGUCAUUGACGUGUCCGCGCCCGGUGCAGUUGAUACUCUCAAGGACAAGCCAUUCACCAUCAAGGAGGGUGCCCACUUCCGGAUCAAGGUCGUCUUCCAGGUGCACCAUGAGGUCCUGAGCGGUCUGAAGUACCUGCAGGUCGUUAAGAGGAAGGGUAUUCGAGUUAGCAAGGACGAAGAGAUGCUGGGCAGCUAUGCCCCCAACACCACCGACAAGCCCGUCUACGAGAAGAAGUUCCACGCGGAAGAGGCCCCCUCCGGAAUGAUCGCCCGGGGCCAUUACAACGCGGUUUCGAAAUUCGUGGAUGACGACGACCACACCCACCUGCAGUUCGAGUGGUCGUUUGAUAUCGCGAAGGAUUGGUAGAUUUGACGGUUCCCGGAUGAACUACGACUCUGUCAUGACCAGCAUUCUUUGAAAUUUGCAAGCGUUGUACGGAACUGCGUUCUUGGAAUUUUUGACCUUCUCUCAGAGCUACACCCCCAUGAGACACUCUUGGGUUGUCAUAUAUAGGUCCUAAUAAUUGGAUCCCGUUUCUCGAAGUG